UUUGUGUCAAAUAAAAAAAACAGUCCUGUAAAUCAUUUUGUAUUGCUAAAUAGAAAGCAGAAGUGAAUAAAAUUUGUGUGGAAUAAGCAAAGAUUUCGUGGAACUGUUUGUAAAUUAUUAGUUGAAAACAAUGACGACUGUUGUAAAACGCGGGAGAGGACGUCCCCGAAGAGAAGAGCCACAAGAAAUUGAAGAAGCAGACAUGUUGUUAGUUCAGGAAUAUCAAAGACGACCAGUGUUUUACGAUCGAACUCAUCAGCACUAUCGAGAACGUGAUUUCGUAGAAGAACAGUGGAUUGAUAUGGCGUGUAAAUUACACAGUACUGUCGGUAUUAUUAAAGAAAGGCUUAACACAUUACGAAGUCGUUAUUACUUAGAAAAACGGCGCGUCGAAAGUACAGGUGUACCAUCAACAUGGUUACUUUUUGAACAUUUAUCAUUUUUGGGACAACACAUAAAGUCAAGACUCGCGAAUGCCCCCGUGCAAUUGAUUAAUAAUAACGGAACACUAGCUGAAGUGAGUGAUUAUGAUGAUUAUCAAAACAUGCCCUCAUCUGAAAAUCAGUCUAUUAAAGUACGGGGAUCUAAUUUACCUGGAUAUCAUAUUGCACAAAAAUUAAAUAUUUCCAACGAUGUUAAUGGAAAUUCUACACCGAAUCUUUGCUCUCAGCUUAAGAUCCGAAAUGAUAACAAAAAACCUUAUUCAAAAACAAAGUACAAGGCAUUUGGAAAUUUUGUGGCCUGUUCUUUAAUUCAUAUGGAAGAGAAAGAUUCGAUGAGAUUAAUGGAAAAGUUUGCUAAUGAACUGACUAGAUUAGCUUUUGCAGAAGGCAAAUAAAUAAUACAUUUUAUAUUGUUAUGUAGAGCUGUAUAAGAAUAACGUAAUAUAAAAUAUUAAUAUUAAUAAAAAAAUUAAUAAUUGAGUACAUAUAUUUA